AUGUUAAUGAAAUCACUGCUAACUUUGAGAUCUACAUUCAGUAGACAAUCUCAAUCUCUCUCGAGAAGAUACUUCUCUCAAGUAGCUGCCAGUCAAACUCCAACCUCUUCAGACAACCUGACUUAAUAGUCUUCAGACUUCGAGAUGCAUCACAAAAAUCACAGAUUCGUGCUUGAUGAACCAAAGUUCUACGAGGAUGAGUUCAUUGUCACUAAUGACAGCGAGCUUACAUUCAUGAGAACGCCCUUCUAUGAAAUCUCUAAACUUAGCUAAGUCAAAGAAGAGGAACUGGAAGAUUUCUUCCAAGAACUCUCAGUCAAAUCAACCUACAUGACUGAAGUGACUAAUCAACUAAAAUCAGACCCAAAUCAUAAAGACUUAAAGGCAUAUACCAGGUAUGGCGAUGUCUUUGUUGAUUAGGAUGAUGUUGAUGAGAAAAGGUCUAAGUUUCUACUUUAAGCCCCUAGAGGAGAACCAUACAGAAGAAUAUCGCCAUCAGAAUUAUUCAAAGUUUAAAAACCAAGUAAUCAAAUGGAUAUUCUAAGAAAAGAGAAAGCAUAUAUCGCUGAGAAAUUCUUUGGUCCCUUCGAGCUUAAGGAAAGCAACUUAAGAACACUAUUCAUUGAUUAGAAAGCCGUGUUUGCUAAUGAAGACUUUGAGUCUUAGGAGUAUCUAGAUUGGAAAUCAAAGGUAUUGGAGGUUAUUCCAAAUCUGAAUCAUGAUAUUCUUGUGCAGUUUGCUCUACAUCUAGCUUAUGAUGCAAAGCUAAAUGAUAAAGAGAUAUGGAUGGCCAUUGAGGAUGCUUCUUACCCAGCACUGCAUCAUUUUACUAAUUUAUAAGUAGCCUAGCUGUAGUGGGCUGUCCAAGAGUUGAAGCCAAAGCAUGUAUCUCCUAGAUUGCAAACUUUAUUAGAUAAGAGAGCACUUGAGACAAUUGAGAACACAAAUGAUCACAUGGAACUAAUUGAUAUAAUGCAGGGUUUUAGAAAGAAGUUUAGCCACGACAUGUAUAUGAAAAUCAGAAAGAACUUAGCAGAUAGGAAGGACAGAUAUUUCCCAGUUGAAAAGAGCACUCACAAGCAGAGGAUUGAGAAUAUAGUCAACACAUUCUACACUCUGGCUUCAAACAGGCCUAAAAGUUACGGGACUUAUGAAGUUGUUGCUUCUUAAGAAGUAGAUGAGUUAAUCGCUGUUUAUGAACAAGAUUUCUUAGAUCACAUUAAGGAACUUGAUACUGAUCAUUUAACAAGAGCAGCUACAGCACUCUAUCUAUUUAAGACACCAAACUACGAAAACAUAUUCUGGAGAAUCGAGACUUAAGCUAACAACCUCAUCGACAAACUUGAGCCAUCACAAAUGGUUUCAAUUCUAAGAUCAUUCGCCAGAUCUCAAGACAACAUUUCUUGUGCUAAAGACAAAACUUUUUACAAUUUCGAAGCUAAGCUUCUCAAGAACCUUGAUAAUUUGAGUGAAAGAGAGCUUUCUCAUGUGGCCUAUGCAUAUGGGGUACGCAAUGUUGGCAACCCCGAACUACACAAAGCACUUGAAGCUAGAAUCAAUAAAUCAGUUGAGAAUUUCGACUAUCAAUCACUGUUCAAUGUAAUAUACUACUUGCUCUUCAGAGAAAACGGUAGCAAAGAACUCUGGAAUAAAAUAAUGCAGACUACUUUGAAGAACCCUGACAUCCUUCCACUGAUCUUUUACAGACCAUUUAAGAUUUCCUCAUUAUAUCUAAAGGGAAGGUUCCCAGACAUUGUCAAAGAUGAACUAUUUAUUGACUAUGAGCAUAAAUUUUUCUACCCAGAGCGUUUGUUCACUGCUCUGAGACAAGAGAAAUAUUUCUAGCUUUACAAGGAAAAUUUAAGUUUUAAGGGAUUCCUGAAUGCAAAGUGUUUCCUCUAUCCUAUUCCCUUCGCUACUGAAGCCAGUCUGUUCACUCUUCAUUUUAUGUUUAAGGAGCAAAAAAUUGCUAUCAAUUUUCAUCUCAAAGUAAGAUGCCCAAGAGAAUCUUAAAAGCCAAAUGAAAUGCAAAAAUUAGGUGCUAAAAUGUUAAAGUAUCACGGUUGGGAAAUCUUAGACCUGCCAGAGUCAGAGUUCAAUUCUUGGACAUAUCACGAAAGACUAAAUAAUAUUAACGGAUGGAUCAAGGAAGCUAAAUAAAGGUAGGUUAAGAAGGGAAUAAUGGAUGCAGUGCCAAAGCAAUAUGUUUGA